GUUCGUGUUGUUGUUGCCGGCGAAUGUGCUGGCUGCUGCAGGCGUGUGAUUACUUGUGGGCGUCGAACGUUAUUUGAAUUUAUGUCAAAGAUAUUUCACAUUUCUGCCUUUCACUGCUUGAGCUGAUUAAAACUCGGCCGCACCACCAGUGUUACCAUGAAGGUGAAGGAAGCAGAGCGGACGGCCAACGCGGCCUGGUCACCCGCCCCUCUGCCGGACUUAAUGCUGGCUGCGGGCACGGCGGCACAACAGCUGGAUGCUACGUUUUCGUCUUCUGCCCGGCUGGAGAUUUUUGGACUCGGACUGGGUGAUAGUACCCUGGAGAUGCCCGUUUUGGCAAGUGUGGAAACGCCGUCUAGGUUCCACUGCGUGUCGUGGGGCGCCCACGGCCUCUCCACCGGUUCCCGUCCGGCCGGUAUGAUAGUGGGCGGCUCGGAUGGCGGGAAAAUCGCCCUGUAUGACGCCCGUAAACUACUGGAUGGACAGCCGGCUCUACUGGAGACUACGAGCAGACAUACGGGGGCUGUACGAUCGCUGGAUUUUAACCCGUUCCAGGCCAAUCUGCUGGCAUCGGGCGCCUCAGACUCCGAGCUAUACAUCUGGGAUCUGAACAGUCCCAGUACGCCUAUGACACCAGGAGCCAAGGCACAACCCGCUGAAGACGUAUCAGCGGUCACUUGGAAUAGACAG